UCGGAUGUACAGCGGCCCGCCGCGCCAUUCAAAACCUCGCCACCGAUGCGACACUACCGUUCACAAAAUUUCGAAAAAUUCGAUUUUGGUCCCCACCAUUUUGACCACCUAUUCAAAAUUCUACACACGUUUAGUGCCUAGGCCGUCCGCCGCGACGCGCCACUGACACAUUUCUGUGGUUUCGCGCGCCGUUUGAAUUUAGAAUAGAUUUUCAUUUGUUUUUUUUACGUUUCGGUGUUUUCUAUAAUAUUUGUGCCAGUACCACGUGCACCACAAUCGGGAUUAUAGUGAUUACAAGGCUGUGUGUUUGGUUUCCUUGGAGUUUUCUAACAAGAUGGAGUUAAGGAGGCAUAAGUCGGGAGGGACGUCUUUCCUCACAUUUUGGAUAUUUUUACUACAGAUGUUAGGAAGCGCACGCCGUGGUGCCGAGGGUCACGGCAGAUUGAUGGACCCUCCAGCUCGUAACUCCAUGUGGAGGUUCGGGUUCCCCAACCCCGUCAAUUACAACGAUAAUGAACUCUUCUGUGGAGGGUAUGCAGUCCAAUGGGAGCAAAAUGAAGGAAAAUGUGGUGUUUGUGGUGAUGCGCACCACAUACCGGAGCCACGUCCCCAUGAAGCAGGUGGCAUGUACGGUAAAGGUAUCGUCACCAGACAUUACAGUGUUGGCCAGGAAAUCGAAGUAGAAGUGGAGUUGACAGCAAACCACCUUGGAACAUUCGUUAUGAAACUAUGCCCGAACAAUAACCCGAAGCAAGAAGCCUCUCAGGAAUGCUUUGACAGGUACCCGCUAUAUAUCUCCGAGACGAGAGACGACAGGUUCUUAAUUCCAUUGGACACGGCUAAGAAAGAGAUCUUCAGGUACAAGGUGCGACUACCUCCAUAUGUUACUUGCACACAGUGUGUUCUGCAAUGGACUUAUUACACAGGAAACAUGUGGGGCGUUUGCUCAAACGGCACAGAAGCCGUCGGUUGUGGUCGCUCAGAGACCUUCAGGAAUUGCGCUGACGUCAGUGUGAUAACCAGCACUGGUGGUCUUCCGCCUGCCUUUGCUGGAGACCUCAGAAGGGACUAUCCCUUCCUCCUAUACUACAGGGAUCUUAAUAUGCCCAGAAAUGUCUACCCUCUGGUCGUCAGACAGAAACUGACGGAUAUCCGAAAGGAAUCAUACGUAAUUAGCAACGAUAUUGAUACAGAUUCCGUGGAGGAAUUUGUUCCACCGAUCAUUAGGGAUCAAGUGUGUGUGCCGACUAGAUCCUUCAGUAGACUCCCUGGUAUGCUGAGUUGGUGUCAGACCAAUUGUCUUCGAUACCCUCCUAAUUGUCCUGAAGAAUUGUGUACUUGCCCGCAAGUAUGCGAGGCUACUGGAGAGUUGGAAGGUCGCGAAGGAGCUGAUGUGUACUGCAUGGACCAGUGUAUCGUGUACCCGCCACGCUGCCCUGCAAACCGGUGCAGCUGUUACUAACGUGAUCAAUAUUGAGCUGCUUCCGAAGAUAUUGAAUUAAAAAACCAUUUGAUUAAUAGUUUUCCUCAUUGUAAAUGUAGGACAUGACGAAUAGGGUCAAUGACCUGAUAAGGCGGUUCCUUUGUUUCCUCGAAGUAGCUCAUACAUUUGUAUAAUUAUGUAUAAAAAUAAGUACCUACUUAAUAAUAUGUACGUCUUUGUAUGUAUUUUUACGAUAAGGCCCAAAUAAAUCAAAUUUCUCACCUGUCAGAAAAGUUUUGACAGCUGAGUGAUUGAUUAAAUAAAAUAAUUCAUCCUUGCAUUUUAGGGUUAAAGGUUUAAAAAGUUAAAUUGGAAAAUGCUAGGAAGGUUAAAGACCCGUGUUUAACACAUUUUACACGAAUUUAUAUACCUAUGUAUUAUUAUUUAUGUAUUUGUAUUAUAUUAUUCAAUUAGAUAUGUAUAGCUGUACAGUUUUAGAUAAUUAUUUAAGUGAUUUUUUGACAAACUUCGUAAACAAAAAUAGUGACUACACUAUGGAAAAUAUUAUGUACCUCUCUGUAAACUACGAAGGUACCGAUUUAUAUAAAUUUUGCCAUACAUUGAAAACAUGUGCCAGAAUUUAGGUAAUAAGAACUUAUUUCUUGUUUAGUUACAAUUAUUUUUGUAUAAUAAAAUUUCUCCUAAAUAAAUA